CGUUUAAUAAUUCAGUAAUUAAGAAAUAAUUUAUUUUAUUAAUUUGUAUUAAUUUCUUAAUAAAAUUUUGACGUUUUUUUAAAUAAAACUUUUUAAUCAUACUUAAAAUAUCACAAGAGGAAAAUAAUUACUUUUCUUCUCUCUCGAUUAUUAAAUAAAAUUGCAAAAUAAGGAAAAUAAGUGUUUUGCUUUUUUGCUAAAAUAAAACGUUUAAGGAAACGAUAAUAAUUUCACGAAAAAAAUAAAUAAUAUAAGGAAACAUUCAAGUUUUACAUUUUGAAGAUUAUGUGAAAUAAUGUUAACCUUCGAUGAAGAUUUAGAACUCGAUUCUCUACCAGCAGAUAUUUAUAAAGAACUUAUUUAUGAACUUAAUCAAGAUUCAGGAUGGCGUAUUUUGGGGCUAUACGUUUCCAAAGAAUUGGGUUGUUUCGGAAAUGAACAAAUAUGGAUACGAGAAUUCGAGCAAAAUAAAUUUGCAAAUAAUCAAACACCUGCGGAAAAAUUACUAUUUGAACUACGUAUUAAAAUGUGUACUGUUGGAGUUUUAAGUUCUUUACUUGAAGACUGUGGUUUAUUAAAAGCAUUAUCAGUUUUAUCUUCUCCAGAACCUCUGAUAAUCACACAACAACCAAAUGAAAAUUUAACUUCUGAUGAAAUUAAAGUUACUAUGGGGCAAAAAGUAAAAAUAAUUUGCAAAGCUGUUGGAAUGCCUCCACCGAAUUAUUUAUGGUAUCAUGGAAAUAUUCCUCUCACAGAUCAUACUACAGAAGAAUUAAAUUUCAAAAUAACAAACUUUAAUGAAGAAGGUGAAUAUAAAUGUAAAGCCUAUCAAAUAUGUCGAGAUGAAAGUUUCAGAAAUGAAAUAUAUUCUGAAUCAAUAUUUUUAAAAAUAAAGCCAAUUCCUGUUGUUAUUGAAGAACAACCACAACCAACUUUAUAUGUUAAAGAAGGAGAUAAACUUUUAUUAAAUUGUAAAGUAAACAAUCAUUCAAAGGCCCGUUUUCAAUGGUUUCGAGAUAAUACAAAAUUGGAUGAUCAAACUUCACAAAUACUUUCAAUAAGUAAUUUUAAUGGAAAAGACGAAGGAAAAUAUUAUUGUUAUGUUUUUAAUCAAAUUAGUGAAGUUUAUACACAAAGAAGCUACGUAAUGGUGGAUCUUCCUAGGCAAAAAACAGUUGCAAAAAUUGCUUUGCUAAUUGCAAACGAAGACUAUCAAUAUCAUACAAAAUUAAGCACACCAAAAGCGGACGUGGCACGAAUUGCAGAAAUUUUAGAAGGAAUUGGUUUCACCGUAAUUUGCCUAAUUAAUUUAACAUUAAUCGAAAUGAGAAAUGCAAUAUCAAUAUUUAGCGAAGCAUUGGUGGAUGGCGUUUAUGGUUUAUUUUAUUUUGCGGGUCAUGGAUUUAAAAUGCAAGAGAGUUAUAUGUUGCCGAUUGAUGCGCCAGAAGUUUAUUUGAGAAAUAAUGCUAUUUGCGAAAGUCAAUUAUUAUCAGUUGUUUUGAAAAAUGAUCCUGCUCUUUUUGUUACUAUUUUAGAUGUCUGUCAAACAGUUCCGUCCAAAGAAGUGAAUCCUGAAAUUCACAAAGAAAUUCCUUUAGUGAAUGAAUAUAAAGGAGGAAAAAAUCUGAGAAAUUUAAUUCAAGCCUAUUCAACCUCAAGUCAUCGUCCAAGUUAUGAAAGAAGUGGCAACGAAUGUGGAGUAUAUGCAAAACAUCUUAGUAAAUUUCUUGAUAUGGAUAUACCAAUAAAUAAAGUUUUUGAAGAAGUUGGAAAAUCUAUUGAUACCUGGUUAAAAGGAAAAGCUAGAAACCAAAUUCCUAUGGUUUCUUCUACAAUUACAAAACCGUUUCGUCUCACUGAUUCUACCUCAGGAAAUAAACCUCCGUCAGCAUUUAUUAAAAUUAGUCAAUUAAUCGCAUUUCCCGAAAAAGUGAUUGAUAUCAGUUUUGAGAAAUGUGAAAUAAAAGGGAAAAUUUUGGUUUCUCCGUUCAUGAAACCAUAUUUAAAUAUUGUUCGAAUCAGAUUAUUAAAUUCAGACAAUUAUGAUGUGAAUUUUUAUAAUUCUGUUCCUGCAGAAAAAAAUAGUUUAUAUCAAAAUUUAAAAACAAAAGAAUGUUGGGUUCAUAAUCCACAAUUUAUAAAAGGGCCAUUGGUAAUAUGUCUUUUAAAAAAUGGGGUACCAAUUGGAGCAGCAUUAUUUGACUUUAUGAAUUAUAUUCCACUUUUAUUAAAACAUUUACAAUGAAAAAAGUUUUGAAAAAUUUUGUUAAUGACUUGGAAAAAAGAAGUCAAUGUUUUCAAUUAUGAAUUUUAUAUUUGUUAUAUUUUUAAAAGAAGUGCAAAUAUUUAUGUAUUACUGGAUAUAAUUAUUUAUAAAAAGCAAAUACUUUGUUAAUAAAUAUUAAUUUAUAUUUUAAUAAAA